AAAUCCUUCUCCACCCAUACCUCCCGGGCUUUUUUCUUGGAUAAAAGUCACUAUCUUCUUGCCAGAUGAAUUUUAUUUAACAAGAGUAGGUCUUGAUGCUUUAAUGUAUAUUCGCUUUCUUCGGAUGUCAUUUCAAUUCUUAUUAUUCAAUGCAAUAAUCGUUGGUCUAAUUCUUAUGCCAAUCAAUUAUCUUGCGGGUGGUUCUGGUGAUGGUGUUGAGAUAUUUUCUAUUAAUAAUAUUCCUGUGUCUAAACUACAACCACUCUGGGCCCACAUGAUAUGCACGUAUUUAGUCAGCAUCAGUUGGAUGUAUCUUUCUUAUAAAAAUUAUUAUGAUUACAUGAUAUUGCAUAGAGAUCACCUUUUAAAGAAAGUGAACAACGAUUCCAUUACUGCUAGGACUGUAAUGGUGUCUAGACUUCCUCAUAAUUUGAGGUCUGAAGAAAAACUUCAAGAAUUUGUUGAUGGGUUGGGUUUGGGACCUGUGGAAUCUGCAAGAAUUGUGAGGCACACUGGAAAACUUGACCGAAAAAUUUAUAGGAGAGAAAAGGCUUUACUUUUACUUGAGAAAGCUCAUAUACAACUUGCAAAAAAUGUAUGUAAUACUAUUAAAGGUCGUAAAUUAUUUGGAACUGGUAUUUGGGCAAGAUUAUUCGGUUAUAAGCAUGAGUCAUCUCAGGGUAUAUUAGAGGCUGGCGAAACAAAGGAACAUCAGAGAAUUCAAUCACUUGUUGAAUGGUUGAAUCCAC